GUUGCUCAUGUCACUCUCUCUCUCUCUCACACAACAACAACUAGCUCCUCUCAUUCCUCCUCCCUCACGGACGAUUUUGUUGCUCCCAUUCCACCGUUGUACCGCCUGAAAUCGAAAGUCGACACCGCCGAUUCACGAACUUGGACUAUUUCAUUCUGACCAGAAGAUUCGAAACUCUGAAGAAGAUGUCGAUGUCGAAGAGUUCAAAGAUGCUUCAAUACAUAAACUACCGAAUGCGAGUGACAAUCCAAGACGGUCGACAACUUGUAGGCAAAUUCAUGGCAUUCGAUCGCCACAUGAACCUUGUCCUCGGCGACUGUGAAGAGUUCCGCAAACUCCCCCCAGCCAAGGGCUCCAAGAAGACCAACGAAGAUCGAGACGACCGCCGAACCCUAGGUCUCGUCCUCCUCAGGGGUGAAGAAGUCAUUUCCAUGACCGUCGAAGGCCCUCCCCCUCCCGAAGAGUCUCGUGCCAAGGCUGCUGGCGCUGCCGCAUUGGCCGGUCCCGGCAUUGGCCGUGCCGCUGGCCGUGGUGUCCCCACUGCCCCCCUCAUCCAAGCACAGCCCGGUUUGGCUGGCCCCGUUCGUGGAGUUGGUGGACCGGCUCCGGGGAUGAUGCAACCGCAGAUCUCCCGCCCUCCUAUGCCGCAGAUGUCUGCUCCGCCAAUGACUUACCCGGCGCAGGCUUCGGCGCCGGUGAUUCGGCCCCCUGGGCAGAUGCCUGGGUAUCCGCCCCAGCAGAUGGGGAGGGGGCCGCCCAUGCCACCGCAGUUUGCACCAAGGCCAGGUUCUGCGCCCUACCCGAUGCCUCCGCCGCCGCAGUUUGGGCAGAGACCGAUGGUUCCACCGCCGCAGAUGAUGAGAGGACCACCCCCUCCGCCGAGGCCGGGGAUGCAGGCCGGACUGCCGCCACCGAGGCCUGGGAUGCCACCUCCACCUGGUGCUGUUCCUGUGUUUGGCCCGCCUCGCCCCGGGAUGCCGCCUCCGCCAAACCCUUAGCAACAGCUGCAGCACUGAUUUGGGAUGUUUUUCAGUUUGGUCAUGCUGUGAAGAUAUUCAGCCAAAUCACUCUCUUAGACUUGCAUUAGAUCUUGAUUGAAUUAGCUAAUGGUUUGUAUUUGGGAGAAGUUUUCCAUUUGGUCUCCUUUUGUAAUGUUAAUUUUAGCUUAGUAUGAUUACAUCGUAUUUUUAGCAGAGCAGAUUAUCGUCAAACGGAAUUUGAAUAUUAUUAUUAUUCUUCUGAUUAUGGGUUUAUAUGGACUUAUAUGGACUCUCUGUCAGUACACAAACGCACAUGCACAGUUGCAUGUAUUAAUGA